AAAUUAACAUAAUGAAAGUGAAAAAUAUAAGUUAAAACAUAGUUGCAUACUAAUUGUGUAUUAAUAUAAUAUGUUUAUUAAUGUAAUAGCAAAAGGGAAGUGUUCAGAGCAUUUAUCAAAUAUAUAUAUACAUAUAGUGAAAUUGUUUCAUUUAUGUCUAUAUCUUUUUAUUCUGAUAUGUAAAAAGGUAUUUAGGUAUAAGCUUUCUUUAACAAUAUCAAACAAGGACAGUCAUAACUAAUAGCUUAACCAGGAAUCUUAUUCAAACUGAUUAUUUUUUAUUAUCAUAAAAUAUACAGAGGAAGAACAAAAUUUUCAACUGAGCAAUGGUUCAGUGUUGCGUAUGCCGAAAGGAGCAUUGUCCUCUGUUACCACGACAAUUUCACAGUUUUCCACGUGACGAAGAAAGGCGAGAAAAAUGGCUUAAUAGCAUUGGUUGUGUUGUCACUGCAAAACAAGCACGAAUUUGUAGUGACCACUUUACAGACGAUGAUUAUUAUGAUACUGGCACACCUGUACAAAGUAGAAGAUUAAAGAAGACUGCAAUUCCAUCUGUUUUUAUGCAAGGAGUUUCUAAAAAUGUUCACAAAGACUCAACAAGCAACAUUAAAAGUGAAAAUCAACAUAAUAUAUUAAUAAAAAUGGAACAUGGAUAUACGAUGGAUAUGGAUAUGAAUAUUGAAUCAACAGUGAAUAUUGAACAGCAGUUGGAUGUUCAACAAUCAAUAACUUACAUUGAAAAAGACAAUAUAAGAAAUAAGACAAUUAUAGCUAAAUCAAUAAAUACUACAGACACCAGUCGGAUAAGCAAACAAAAGAAUACUAGUAAUAUAGCCAAAAUUUUCAUAAGAACUGGGAAAUAUAAUUUAGAAUGUAUGAGAAAAACGGAUUUUAUCACUAAUGAAGCUUGGAUGAAAUUUAUCAAAUAUAUUAAGUAUAAUCGAUACGUGCAGAAAUGUGGUGUGGCACAAAAGUCACGUACGCAAAAGAAACUCGUAACAAUGAAAUCCAUAAUUCAAGCAUUACAAAGUAAAAAUUUGGAAAUACAUGAUAUUAUAAAUACUUUAAAAAAGUGCUAUGACAAUAUUGUAAGAGUUGACCAUCAGCAGGCAGCAGACAACAAGCCAAAUUCACCUAGAGAGCAAGCAAAUUGCUAAUAGAAAGGGAAUAAUUGCUAGUGGAAAGUGCGAAUAAAGAGAGGUUGUCGUUAAGCCAUUGAAGGUAUAAAUUGAAGUAUAUAUUAUUGUAUCUAUUCGUGUGAUAGAACACAGUCAAUAAGAUGAAGUCAUUCAGUUAUUCAUAAAAUGAAUAACUAUUCGUGUACAUUAUUUGUCAAAAAAGAAUAUAUAUAUAUAUAUAUUCCUAUAUUUACAUCGAGUUGAGUUAUUAAGAUUGUAUUGGUUAUACAUUCUCGCAAAACAGUUAAUAUUUUACAGUAUUGAAAAGAUUUCAGGCUUGAAUAAUAUACAAAAUGUCCCAUAACUCAGUACGAGGAAAACAAAGUGAAUUAAAACAAACAUAAAAGUCCCGUAUCGUUUUGUUAUAUUUGUAAUAAUUAUCCAGUUAUUAAUAACAGAAAUUUGAUGAACGCGCACCGAGAUGGAUAAUUGGAAAAGUAUUGCAGCCACUUGAACAAGAACGCGGCUUAGUCGGUCAAGCAAUUGUUGCCAGUGCGCGGCGAGAGAAAGAACAACGUGCUACUAUUCAUGUCUUAAGGCUCUUCUACAAUGGCUGCAAGAAUAAAGCUGUAAGCGUAAGCAGUAAAAAAUAAACCAACUAUAGUCGAUUAUUCUUAUAGCAAUCGACUAUGAUUGGUUUAUUUAUUAUUUACACUUCAACCUUAUUCUUGCAGCCAUUGUAAGACUGACAUUAUCUCGCCAUCUCUACAUCUCGCCGCAUACCGCCAAUAGUUGUUAGAUCGACAGGACCAUGCUGUGACUCGAGUGGCUGCAACACUUUUCCAAUCAUCCAUCUUGGCGCGUUCACUCGUCAGAUUUCUGUCAUUGAUAACUUAAUAAUUAUUGCGAAUAUUGCAAAACGGUAUGGGACUUUUAUUUUGUCUUCAUUCGUUCUAUGAAUUCAUUCUCCAUGAAUUCCUCGUACUGAGUUAUGGGGCAUUCUAUACAUAUAUUGGGUUGAAUAAAAUUAAUUUUGUAUUUUUAGGUGAAAUUUAAAGACAAUAUUUUCAUAUUAAAAAAAUAAUGAACGAUAUAUGCACCGUUUUUCAAUAAUCUUUCGUCAUUUUUCGGGCAAAUUAAAGAUUCUAUCUUCUCAGAACUUCCUAAUUUUCUGGGCGAAAUCUGCUAAAAAUGCUUUCUGCAGACCUCUGAAAGAAAUGAAAUUUUUUUGAUUGAGGGAAUUCUGUAGAGACCUGAAUAAGUGGAAGUCUGAUGUCAAGUCAGGUGAAUACGAAGGAUGAAGUAAAAUAUCCCAGUCAAACUAAUAAUUUUUGGAGAUUGUGAAAAAUAUGUGAGGUCUAGCGUUACUUGGCGGAAUAUGGCAUCAUAACGAUUGUUCAAUUUUGGACAUUUCUCAUCGAUUGCUGCCUUCAAACAGUCCAAUUGGCGACAAUACUUAUUGGAAACAAUUGCUUGCGGAAUUAGCUCGCAGUACACGAUUCCUUUCUAAUCCCAUCAGCAUGACUUUUUUCGUAUGGAUGUUUUGCUUCGGUGUUUGCAGUGGUUCAUUUCAUUUUCCCUACGAUCUUUUACGCUGUAUAUUGUUAUGUAUAAUCCACUUUUCGUCGCUCGUUAUCAUUCGUUUUAAAAAUGGAACGUUUUCAUUGCGAGCAAUAAAUCACAGGUGGAAAUGUGGUCCAUUAAAAUCUUCGUUCAAAUUAUGAGAUACCCAAAUAUCGUACGUAGCCAAGCGUAAGUAAGUGAUUCUCAACGGUCUCUUGAGAUACAUUGAUUACUUCUGCGAUCUCUCGUGUCGUAUGUGGAUUAUUUUCAAUCAAUGUCUUGAUUUGGUCGUCAACCACCAAAUAACCUGAGCGCUCACCAUCUUGACAUGUAUCACCAGCACGAAAUUUCGCAAACCAGUUUUGGCACGUUCGUUUACGGCAGAGCUGGACACGAUCUGCACAUUUUGAGCGAAAUUUAAUAGGUGACGCCUAUCGUCCCCCUCGCACCGCUCCGCGCUCGCGGCCGGGGCGAUGAUCGUGGUGAACUCAGGAGCUGUGUGAAGUUGACCCCUCGACCACGAAAAAUUUUAUUUUGACCAUUGCCAUUCGUUUGGUGGUCGUUUGGUAGCGUUUGAUAGUCUAUUCCUAACGUUUGGUAGUCAAAAGUGUAAUAGUUAUUGCAAAAAAUAAAAAUUGUAUGUGAAGAUGACCCCUCCCCGUCUCGAAAAUCGGUUUCCACGGUGUCCUGGAUAAUUUUGACUAUUACCAAUCGUUUGGUGGUCGUUUGAUAGCAUUUGGUAGUUCAUUCCUAACGUUUGGUAAUCAAAAGUGCAGUAGUUCUCGCAAAAAAUAAAAAUUGUAUGUGAAGUUGGCUCCUCCCCGUCUCGAAAAUCGGUUUCCACGGUGUCCUGGAUAAUUUUGACCAUUACCAAUCGUUUGGUGGUCGUUUGGUAGCGUUUGAUAGUGCAUUCCCAACGUUUGGUAGUCAAAACUGCAAUAGUUCUCGCACAAAAUUAUAAUGUGAAGUUGUCCCCCCAGGCUCGAAAAUCGGUUUCCACAGUAUCUUGGAUAAUUUUGACCAUUACUAAUUGUUUAGUAAUCGUUUAACUGUUUAAUAAGUAGAAAUAAUUUUUUUGUCGUCAACUUUUGUAAUUCUCAUUAAAACCUCACAUUGAUUAUUAAAAUUUUAAAAAUUUAAUUUUAAACAGGGCCAAAUAAAAUGUAAUUAGUAAUUUUUUAUGAUUUGAAUUGUGUUGUCUC